GUGCUUUGUGAUACGUGAGCUUGCAACCAGCCUGUUGUGUGCUUCACUAAAAGCAUGGCAUCUAUGCAAGGACCCCACGUUGACACAGCAAUGCUGUAACAGGAGCUUUGGAUCAAACUCAAGCCCAACUUUGCUGAGCAUGUUACUGUGCAAGACACCAGCCUGUCCACAGGCCAGUUUGGAAUUUACUUUCAGUCCUGGGACUGAUUUAUAACAGGUCAACACAUAUUGGUCGUCUCAAAACACCAGACAGACAAAAUAGCACCAUCUCUGCAGUUUCACAUGCAUCACCUAGUCCCACAGUUCCUUUUCUGAAUAACAGUGCUUACCUUUGCUAAAGCUAACAACCUAAAAUGCACCCCCCUUCCUGAAACUCAGAUGUUGGAACGGGAAAGCUGCAAGAGGUUUUCAGAGCUGUUGAGCUGAGAUGGGAGAGCUGCUGGAGUCUCACCCAUCCAUUCUCUGGCUUCUGAAGGAACAUUAGAGCGUGCUCUGUGGUACCCAUGCUGGCCAAGCGGGGUGCAUGUGGAAGAGCACUAAGAGCAGCCCAUGGGCAACACGUCCCCGUUCUGCACCACUGCAAGGGGAGGCUGAGGACCGGGAAGCCCUGGAGAGCUGUCGGAGGCACGCAGAGAGAGCUCCUGGUCCAGUUUCCGUGCCAGUACCAGAAAUGGUACAAAAGACUGUGCAAAGCGACAGGAGGUCCCUGCAAGAGCGUUCAGAAAGUCCGGUUAUGUCAAGAUGCAACAGUCUCAGUUCUUCCCACUCCCUCACCAGUGCACCCCAGAGCAUCACUGAAUGGCUGGCGCUCUGGGAAAAGGAUCCCGUGGAGAUUCUUCUUGAUUUGGGGUUUGGCACAGAAGAACCUGAUGUCUGCACUAAAAUCCCUCCUCGAUUCCUCAGUGGUGCUUCUGUAGCAAAAGGGAUCAACAUCCGAGUGUUUUUGGAAGCUCAAAAGCAGCGGAUGGACAUUGAGAGACCAAACUUAUAUGAACGUUUUCGACAGCUGGAAGUACUUGACCACGUAACCAGUGCUCUCUCAUCUUUGCUGACGGACGUCAACACCCAACAGACCAAAGCACAGGAUGCAGGGGGGUAUGAGACUGACCUCUUGGAUGCUGCAAAGAGCGGACCUGGAGUCACACGGGCAAAGCGGAGAAGAAUCGGUCAGCUCCUGAAAAGGGCUUCUCAGCAGACAGUGCUGCUGAAACAGGGCUUGCUGGCACCUGGGGAAGCCAACUUGCCCAGCAGGAAAGGGCAACUCUGUUCUUGUGUAGAUAUUGCUGAGAGGGCGACAGUCCAGGCGGGCUUUUCUGCAUGUGUUACGUUGGGCUGUCUGACGCAGGAGCAAACCCCCAGAGGCAAAGGUGCCUUGGCAUAUCCCACAUCCCAGUGUCCACCCACUCCACUGGGGAAAGCCUGGGCUUCCUCACACCUAGUUGCAAAACAGCCCCACUUUUCUCCUGCGUGUGAGGUGCCUGCCAAAGACAGGCGAAGAAAGGAGCCACCUUCGCUUGUGACCCACACUCUCAAAAAAGCGGCUGACCUAAACCGCAAGCUGCCAGACUCAUUCGAAAUGGAAGAGGUUCAGAGUUUUGAGGAUGAAACACCAUGUGGAAAUGGUCCUGACACCGCUUUAGUAGAGGUGAUGGUGACAAGAACAAGCAGCUGCCAGUCAGACAGCAGUGGGUUCAUGGAGGAGCUGCCAGAACCUGUAGUUUUGCAAAAUGCAUCUUUGUCAGGAAAGAUUAAUUUUAUUUCUGAUAUCCACAAUCAAGAAACAGCUCUGUCACACAGGACAGGGUUUCUGAUGUUAAAUCAAGAUUUUCAACAAAAGCCAGAUGAUUGUGUUGCUAAGGUCUUCAUAACAGCUUGUGAGAGCAUUUUGACAGCACCUGGAUCAACAAAAGCAGGCAGUGACCAGGCAGAAGAGACUCAUCUGCUACUGACUGCAGAAAAUGGAGAGUAUGAGGCCUGUAAUGCUGGACCACGGAGUUUUGUACAAGAAAUGCUUUGUGACAUAGACAGGGAGGAGCGUAAAACUGGAAGAAAGCAACCAGGAAAAGAGGAGUGCAUAAAGGAGCAUAGUCCUUGUUUUCAGAGUGACACUCAGAAUGAAGGAGAUCCUAGCUACUCAAAAUUUGAUCAUUUGUAUUUUAGGACUGGACACAAAAAGGUGAAUGUAACCUUCACCGAACUGAUUGAUAUAAACCCUGCAGUCAUCAGUGACAGUAAAAUCAGAGGCGAAGAUGACAGUGAGAAGUGCCUGACUGAAAAGGACAUUGGAGCUGCAUGUCAUGAAAGUGCCCCUGGAGGUUGUACAGGACGUGUUAAAGGACCAUGGUGGGGCAUGGAAGUGGUCAACAAAGGUGGUUCCCUCCUUGCAGCGAAUGAGGUGACAAACGUCCAGACGCUCUGCAAAACAGAGGACGAUUCAAAAAAUACAAGAUGCUCCCCCAAAACAGAGCUCCACGAAACUCCACAGCAGGACUCAGCAGCACAAAGUGGGAGCAGUGCUGCUUCAAGCUAUUCUAUACAAGAAUCUCGGAGGCAUCCCUCCUGCCGAGUGGAAGAGCCUGGAUUAAGUUCAUCUGAAGAUCAAGAGACUGGUAGCGUAGGGGAGGUGUUAGGUUCUAACAAAUCAGAACAGGGAGACACUAUCCAAAAUGGUGAAAUGGCUUCUGUUCCUCUGAAAUCUGUUACUGUUCAGAUGCCUUCAGGGCUGGAGUUUACUUCAGGGGUGAAGUGCACAGGGCAAAGUGCUCCUUUCAGUGAGAUCCUUGCUAGGAAAGAUCCUGUGGACUUCUCUGAGGGUGAUCCUCUCAUACAGUCAGACCCAGGGGCUUUGAAGGACGGCGUAAAGCAGACCACUGAAGCCUCCAGCCAAACUGACAUCUGUGCCAGGAAACCCAGGUGGCCACCACCGCUUCAUCCACCCCAUGCUCACCUGAAGAAAUCAGCCUCUGUUGACACCAUGCUUUGUGGCAAAUACAGGUCAUGCUACUGGGGUGAAGCCUCUGGUGCCGGGGGUGCGCAGGGCAGUCACUGCUGUCACUGCUGCUGCUGCUGCCACGGCUGCUGCCCGUGGACCUUCCCCACGGCUGUCUCUCCCCAUCGCCCUGUGAGCUGCUGCUCAAACCGUGCCGCCACCGAGCUGCAGCUCUUGAAAACGCUGAUGCUCCUACAGGACACUGCGAUGCGUAAUCUUGCUCCGUGUACCCUCCAUGAAAUAGAAGUGAUGAAGAGGUCCUGCCAGCACUUUCAGCAGAAGCUGGAUGAGAUUGAACAGCACCUGACCGAACAGCAGGCGCUGUUUUCCAGCAUGAUGCCAGAUGAAGGAAGGGAGGAAGGCAGACACCUGCAACUCUUACGGCGAGCUGUUCGUCAGGAGGUUGCAGAGCUGGAACUUCGGCUGAAUGAUCAAGCUUGCCAGGUCAGGGAGGGCAUCCUUAUGCAGCUGGACCAAUUACUAGUAGAACAAUCCCAUCUGUUUUCCGAGCUCGGACUCUCUGAUUGGAAGGGAGAAAGAAAAGCCCAGAAUAAACAAGCGUUUCCAGAUGCUGCUGACACUGCGCAUCCUCAAAGUGGGUCCUCAAAAGUGGUGCUCCCAAGAGCUCCAAGCAAAAAUAUGACAGCAGCAGGCUCACUCUCUGCCCCGCGGCCAGGGGCACCCCCAAGGCAGUUUCCUACCAGGACAACACCUGAGCUGAAUUCAGCUGGGUCUGACCCACAGGAGCUCUGCACCAGUAAAAAGGAAAUAAAAGGACCUCCCCAAGCAAAAAUGGACUUUAAGGCAUUUUUACACAACUUGAAGAAAUCUUUCCGAAAUUCUUUAGGUAAUGAUUCACCAGAAGGAAAAGACUGAUGGAGGACAGACUGAUGGAUUUGGGUUUUAAUCAUUGUGGCCUUUUUCCUGAAAUGCAUGGUGUAUCGCAGAAACAAAUGAACAAAACAUUGCAUUAUAGAAAGUUCUGAUCGCAGCAGUUUUAUUUGCAAUGGCAUGACUGGCCAGAAAACCAGAUGUUUUUAAAGGAUGUUUCAAAGAGAGGUGCAAUGUAUUUUGCUAUUCUGUGACUGCAAAACUUACUAAGCUCCUAUUGGGGAGCACACAAGUUAGGGCUGUUCUUUGCAAGGUCAUUUAAAAGGAAGAGGAGAGAGCUUAUUUUUGAGAAGGAACUUAAGAACUUGCAGACAGCCCACGAGAUACCAUUAGCAGGUAUUCUCUUUAUAACUAGUUAUUUUAACACAGUCCUUCAACCGAUAUUAGUCCUCAAGCCCAAAAUAUCUUGUAUAGUCCAAAACAUAUUCUAGCUUUUAACUUUCUACUAACUUGCCUCUGGGUAAUUUUGUGAGGCUUCUAUCUACUGUCAGUAUCAAAUCAGAAGCUCACUGAUAGUGCAUAAAAUGUUAAACGCCCGCUCUGUCAAACUAUUACUGUGGAUAUUCUCCUGGCUGUCCUCUUCCUGUUCAUAUUUGCUUCAUAUAAAUCCAAUUAAAACCAAAAUGAGACUAGAAACACAGGAUUUUCUACAUUUUAAACCUUGAAUCGGAAUCCUGGUUCACUUUUCUGGGGCACGCGCAGAGCCUGGAUUCAUGCAGAAAAAGCCAUGAGGAAAGACCUCUCGGGUUUGGAUCACAGCAAAGAAAUUCAACCGGUUCAUUUUCAAAGCAGCGCAGUUUGUACUACUGCUUUCAAUUUAGCACUUCCCAGACUGUGAGAUGUCCUACUGGCUUGUUUGUUUAAUGCUCUGGAGGGAUCUUAGGUGUCAUUUAGGCUUUGGUGUUGCAAAUCACAGCUCUGGGAAGGUGCAAAUAGAAGUAGCAUUUGCACACGUUUAAGGAGAAAAUGGAGUCAAACAUGCUGAGCAGCCUCGAGGCUCCCUGCACCUCCACGUUUCCACAGAUGUUCAGGGUAAUAAAAUGAUUGGGGGAGAGAGGUACAUAACAUAGGAACUGACAAGAUCCUCCACAGCCUGCUGGGCCAUGAAUUUUACUGGUUGAAAUUUGCCCCUUUCUUGAGACCCCGCAUGGGAUUUGUACACCGCUUCCACGCUAUCAAGCGCUUAAGAGUUUCUACGUCAAGAUUUGUGAUUGUGACAGUAUCUUCAGGCAGCAUGCAAACAGGACCAAAGCAUCCUUCACCUAAGUUUUGGUGAAGGAUGCAAUAAAUUUGGCUUAGUGUUUUCUCCCUCCACUGGCUUAUGAACUGUACUUGCAGAUGUUGUACCUCAGCUUGUGGAGGAAAGCAAAUAAAGAGCAUGGUGAAGGAUAUACAAUGAUGUCCUCCUGGAAAAGAGGACAGCUAAGAAGCUUCCUUACCUCGGCCACACCAGGGCUAUGAUUCCUCCCAUGAAACAAGAAGGUUUUUGCAAGUGUCACUGCAGCCACUGUCCGCCUGUCCACAUGUACAGAAGACAGUAGAUCUGUUGGCAGGUGGCAGCUAGUCUUGAUUAGGAAGAUCAUGCAGGACCUCUGGUGCCAUUUGAAUUCUACUAUUUGUAUUCUUGACCAGGACUGAAUCUGACUCCUGCUGACAAAACUUUCCUGUUUGAAUGGUGUCUAGAUGGGUGUGUGCAGUCCAGUUCCUCAUUUCCAUUUAAUCAUAAAAUCAUUUAAUGCAAGCCGUGGAUGGGAUAGGGUUCCCCCAUAUGCAACACUUAGACACCCACAAAUAUUGUUACCAUGAACUCGUUUGCAUUUAUUGCUAAAGACGAAGAACCUCUCAAGCCUUCAAUGUUGUUUUAACAGUUAAAUUGUAACCUCGUAGCAAUAAAAAACGUACUACGCAAUGGGAAUGGCAAAAAUCUUCUGACUUACCCUAGAGCACAAGUGAUACUGCACUUCAUAACUCCUCCAAGCAUGUUACAAGGAUGGCUGCACUAAGCCUCAUAAUGCUCCCCCCCCUGGUUGAAGAGGGGGGAGAAAAGAAAAUACACAGUAAUUUUGUGAUCAGGAAAGUCUGGG